AUGUUUCCAAGUCCCAUUGAUAUCCCCUCCUUCUUUCUCACCUACCUCCACCUUCUCCUCAUAACGUACAUCCUCCUCUGGACCCUCUACACCCUAACCCUGCACCCAUUAUCUCGUAUCCCCGGCCCCCUCUGGCCGCGCCUAUCGCGAACAUGGCUCAUGUACCACCACCACACCGGUGAUAUAGACAUCGCAACGCGGGCCCUACACACACGGUAUGGCCCCAUUGUACGCAUUGCGCCAGACGAAGUCACAGUCGCGGAUCCAAGCGCGCUGCCCCUCAUCUAUACCGUUCAAAAAGCCUUGCAAAAAACGGAUUGGUAUGUGCCGUGGCGGCCAAAGGGACUGGGCUCACAGCCGGACUUGUUUACGCAGACGGAUGAAAGGGCGCAUGCGGCGUAUAGGCGGAUUGUAGGGGGCGUGUAUUCGCUGUCUAGUAUUUUGAAGAGUGAGGCGAUGUUGGAUGAGAUGCUGGAGCUUUUUAUGCAGAGGUUGGGGGGUUUUGCGGAGAGGGGGGAGGCGUUUGAUUUUGGGCUUUGGUUGGAGAUGUACUCAUUUGAUAACAUUGGAGUGGCAUUCUUCGGCCAAGCAUUUGGUUUUGUGCGUGAUAGCGUUGACUACAACGGCUACAUUCAUGCCGUACAUCUCGCAAUGCCUUUUCUUACGCUCUUGACGGUGACGCCGUACUAUGCACGGCCCUUUCUACUUCUGGUUGCUGUCUGCAUUCCGAGACUGCUCAGAGCUGUGCUGGCGGUGGAGGAUAUCAAGAAGACGGCGAUCAAAGAGACCAAGAUAGCGACUGAGCGGUCUCUCGAGGUGACGGGAAAGCGGCCUGAUGCAGUCUCUCAGCUUUUAGCAAUUGUUCAAGAAAAGGGUGAGAAAGUAAACUACUCGCACAAGGAAAUCACGUCCGACAUGUGGGUAGGAAUCAUGGCCGGCGCAGACAGCACAUCGAUAAACAUGCGCUCGGUAAUGUAUUUCCUGAUGAAGAAUCCUGAGAAGCUUGAGAAAGCGCGUGCAGAAGUCGAUACAGCUUUUGAAGAUGGCCGUCUUUCAUCGCCCGUGCAAUACAGUCAGGCAUCCACACUCCCGUACCUGACAGCGGUGGUGAAAGAAGCCGGGCGACUGUUCCCCGCAUUUUCGGUGUCGAUGCCUCGGUAUGCGCCUAGUCAGGGUCUUACGCUUUGUGACAAGUAUAUUCCAGGGGGCUAUACUGUGGGCAUGAAUCCGGCGAUUGUCCAACAUGACACUGGUGUUUUUGGAGAGGACGCACUCGAGUUUAAACCCGAGCGAUGGCUUGAGAGCGAAGAACGCACACGGGCAAUGGACAGGGCAAUCUUAGCAUGGGGGGCUGGGACGCGGACGUGUGUUGGCAAACCGCUUGCCCUGACACAGAUCUACAAAGUAACAGCAGAGACAUUGCGCCGAUUUACUUUUGAAAUGGCACAUAACCGGCCUUGGAAGGUUCACAAUUGCUCCUUCAAUGUGCAGACGGAUGUGGUGUGCAGGUUCGAGAGGAGGGAUUUGAGCGCCACAUAG